AUGGCAACUGGAAGUGCAGCAGAACAGUUGAAAGAAAGACUAGGAACAAGAGAUAGAGAAAAGGAUAUCUAUAAGAUUUCAAACUUGAGGAAAAGGCAGAGACAGGAUGUGGGUAAAGUGGGUGUCAUCAAAGAUAAAGUUGGAAAUCUAUUGCAUGGGGAUGAAGACAUUAAGAAGAGAUGGAGAGAGUAUUUUGAACUUUUAAAUACUGAAAAUGAGAGAGAGGGUGAAGCACAGGAGGUAGAGGGACCAGUGAUGGAGACACAGGAAACAGACUUGAAGAGAGCAUUAAGUAAAAUGAUGAAUGGUAAAGCACCAGGUCCAUCAGAGUUCCAAAUUGAAAUGAUCAAAUUACUAGGUACAGAGGGAGAGAAAUGGAUGCUGGAUUUAUUUAAAGCUGUAGGGGAAGAGGAAGUAAUGCCAAGGGACUGGGAGGAGAGUCUAAUGGUAUUUAUACACAAGCAAAAGGGAGAUGUCAUGGAUUAUGGUGACUACAGGGGAAUUAAGCUAACAGAGCAUAGAUUGAAAGUUUUGUAG